UCUCUCUCUCUUCUCUCUCUGUUUUCUCUGUAAUCUAUCUCUCUCUGCAUGGAAACCACACGUGACACUAAGAUUUCUUCUCCAAAGAGAAAAGAAGAUCAAAGCUGAAAUCUUUUCCAAAUUCAACACCAACCCACCAUGUCUUUUUCCCUCAUUGACUCAUGCAAGAAGAGAAAACGAUGGCCCAAGAUUUUCAGAUUACACUCUUUUGCAGACCCAGGUUGUCCCAUUGCACCUUCGGGUCCUUUCCGUGAAAACAUUCGAAUCUUUCUUCAAGAAGCUGGUGAACUUGAAGAUUACAAGGUUAUGGGUAAUCCCAUUUGGUGCACUCUUCUCAUUCAUGAAAAGACCAAUCUAAUGGCUCCUUUUUACACACUUGAAGAGGAAGUUUAUGGCUCUUCUCAUCCUUUCUGUGAUCAUUGUCGCUGUGUAGGUUGGAGUGGUCAUUUUGUAUCAAAAAGAAGGUAUCAUUUCAUAAUCCCAAUGGACAAUGGGUGGCAUAAACCUUUAAAUGAAGAAUCUCUUGAUAAUCAAAGUCAUCUAUUGCAUGGUGUGAUUCAUUGCAAUGGUUAUGGUCAUUUGCUCUGUCUUAAUGGCAUUGAAGGGGGUUCCAAAAUUCUAAGUGGUAGAGAGAUCAUGGAUCUAUGGGACAGAAUUUGCACCAAUCUUCGAGCAAGGCAAAUUGCAGUGGAAGAUGCAUCAAGGAAAAGGUCAAUGGAUCUUCGAUUACUUCAUGGAGUUGCCUAUGGCCACUCAUGGUUUGGUAGAUGGGGCUAUAAGUUUUGCCGUGGAAGCUUUGGUGUGACAGAACAAAACUACUAUGAAGCAAUUGAAACUCUUGGCUCAUUAGUGCUAGAUGAGAUAAUAAGAGAUUUGAGUAAGACAAAGUACCAUAAAGAUAUCAAACAAAUGGUUCGUUGCUAUAGAGAUUUGAGUGAAACUCAUAUCAUCACAAUAAGGGAGCUUCUUAGAUUCAUGCUCACUGUCAAAUCUCGUGGACCUGUUUCUAAGAUAACAGUAACUUCUUCUGCUAAAUCUGUUUCAUCUUCAUCUCCUUCUACUUCAGCAUUUAUGUCUAGAAAUUCAAUCAAACAUGCUGUUUCAAGUUCUAUGAAGGAAAAAUCAGCAAGGUAUAAGAAAUUCAGCACUGCAGUGGCUAAUAUGGAUAGUAGGUGGCCAACAAGAAGACUAGAGUUUGCAGCUCAAGUGAUUGUUGAUGCAUUAAAAGAAGACAAAGCUAUGAAAUCAGGUUCUAGUGGAAUGACAAGACAAGAUGUUAGGGAUGCAGCUAGGCUUCACAUUGGUGACACAGGUUUACUUGAUUAUGUGCUGAAAUCAUUAAACAAUGUGAUUGUUGAAAACUACGUCGUUCGCCGCAUGGUUAACCCUUCAACAAGGAUCCUUGAGUACACAAUUCAUGAGCUUGGGAAAGGGUUCAAAGCACCAACUGAAGUUGAACAUGGUGUAAUGACAGUUAAAGAUAAUCCUCAAAAGGAUUCAUCGUUGUCAUCGUCGACAUCAUCUUGGAUUCCUGGUAAUGAUGUUUACAGUGAUGUAGUUUUUCUCUACAAGAAUGUAUUGUUGUGUUAUCCAGAUUCGGAAGUGGUGGAAUUAGCAGUGCAAACAAUACUUGACUGCAGACACUUUGUGAAAGAGUGGAAAUUAAGAGAUGAAAUGGAACAAGUUCUGACAUUUAUUUGUCAUUUGAAACCAAAUUUUGUUGAGAAUAAAUCUGAGUUAAAAGGGCCAUCUUGUGGUGAAAUUGUAAUUGUUCCACUUCAUGCAACUGUUAGAGACUUGAAGCAAGCUGCUGAGGCUACAUUAAGGGACACCUAUUGCAUAGCAGAGAGACUUAUAGUAACUGAUAUCAAAGAAUUGUUGGGUGUGAGUGAUGAAGAAGUGCUCUUUGGAUUGAUACAAUCAGGUGUGAAGCUUUGUGUUAGAGGAAUUGGUAUAGAUUUGUGCACACCAUUGAAAUAUCAAGGUGGUUCUGAUAAUUGGAAAGUGAGGUGUGAAUGUGGAGCUCAAGAUGAUGAUGGAGAGAGAAUGGUAGCUUGUGAUAUUUGUGAAGUGUGGCAGCAUACACGUUGUUGUGGUAUCGAUGAUUCCGAGACAGUGCCACCAUUGUUUGUUUGUUCUGGUUGUUGUGAUUCACUUGUGCCACCAAGAGUUGAAACUAGCAACUAUGCUAUAGAUUGUGCUGAUGAUUUUUUGAUUUCACCUGAGCCUACUCACUUGCUUGAGUAUGCAUAUGGAUACUGAACGAUUGACUGAUUGAUUGAAUAGUAUUUUGCCUAACACCUUGUUGGUUGGUUUAAACGUUUGUCAAUAUGUUGUUGUAAUGUUCAUUUUUUAAUUCUUUUUUGGUAAAAUGUAAUACUUUUUGUCUGUAUUUUUUGGUGGCUAGUGCUUAUAACCUGUUGUGAGGUUAUAUUGUUAAUGGAGAUUCAGCUGAAUGGAGAAUUAUUUGGAAGAUGGAUGCUCCUAAGAGAGUGAAGUGUUUUAUCUGAUAGUUGAUGUAUGAAAAGCAAAAUA